AUGAGUUCUUACUACUUAGCGUUUGUGCUGGCUGUCGUCAUCGUGAUCACUUGCUUUGUCCAAGACGCAAUUGCGAUGAACGGCGAGCUACGGAUGUACAAGGAGCCAGAAUUCAAGAGACUCCGUCGGAUCAUUAAGGUGUCAACAGGAAACCUGUGCUACGACAUGCCGUGUGCUGAUCUCAGUAGGACGAUAUCUUCGGCACGAUGGACGGGCCUCCCAGCAACGGGAUCAACCUUUGCCGAGGGUCACGUAAAAAUUGCGUUCUACGCUGGCAGCAACUGUACGGGCAAAUCCAUCGUGCUGAACACGAAUGCAGGAGAAGUUCGCAACUUCGCGAACUUCGGAAUGGACAUUGCUACCACGUCAUUUGCGGUGCUCCAAACCUCGACGGUGAUGCAGCACGCGACGAGUAACAUUUGUGAGUAG